GAGGUGUUUCAGCGCUAUCUAAAAUUGAACUAUCAUUUGCUUCCUGUCAAAGUAUCAUCUAUUUCGUUUCACCACUAUGUCAGCUCGUUAUUUGGUGAAAUUGGGUCGAUGCUCUUACUGUUAUGCCAAGGGCAGGCAACUUCACGAAGCAUCUCCUCAUAUGAAAAAUACUCUCACAUUCACAGAACAGCACGAUGAGUUGCGACAAACAGUGAAAAAAGUAAUUGAGAAUGACGUCAACCCUUACGCAGAUCAGUGGGAGAAUGAAAGGUGUUUUCCUAUUAAAGACGUCUAUCGAAAAUUUGCAAAUGCUGGACUCCUUGGAAUAAUGACCAAAAUAGAAAAUGGUGGAUUAGGCUUAGACUACUCUUACAAGGUUGCGUAUAUCGAAACAUUAAAGGAUAUCAACUGUAUAAGCAUACCUUUUUCCAUCCUGGCUUCUGAUAUUGCAAUCGAAGGCUUAUCGAAAUUUGGAAAUCAGGAGCAGAAAAAGGAAUUCUUAUCCCCUUCAUUAAGAGGAGAGCGCAUAUCAUGCAUUGGAAUACGUGAAGAUUCUGAUGUUAAUAACACAGCGAUGAGAACAGGAGAUGACCUGAUCCUGAAUGGUCGUAUAAUGUGGGUAACUAAUGGUGCACAAGCAGACUGGAUGCUCGUGCUUGCAAAUACAAGUAAAGGAGACCCGCAACUGAGCAAAUCACUCAUUUGUGUGCCUCUUGAUAUAAAAGGCAUUUCUUGUAGUAAACUCCAAUUAAUGGGUACUCCGGUUUGUAGUACAAGUCAAUUUUUGUUUCAUAAUGUCAAAGUUCCUACAAAGAAUAUAAUUGGAGAAGAAGGUAUGGGCUACAAAUACCUAAAGGGAAUGCUUCAAGAUGAAAGACUAUCUAUUUCUGUCUACGUUUUUUCAAUUCUUGAGCGAAUAAUUGAAAUGACCGCAGAUCAUAGCAAGCAACAAGACUACGGACCUCUGAUUGAUAAUAAAAUCGUUCAAUAUUCUUUAGCUGAGUUACAAACAGAAAUAGAAGCAUUCAGAUCACUAGUAUAUCGAACAAUUGCUCAAAAGAUGAAAGGCGAAGAUUAUGAAGUCUUAGUUUCAAUGACAAAGCUCAUAGGCGGGCGACUGGCACGAAAAGUGACCGACGACUGUCUUCAAUAUUGGGGCGCAAUCGGUGUUUCUGACGAAUCGUUGAUCGGCCGUUUUUACAGAGAUUGUCGACCACUAUCCACUAUUGGUGGAACUGAUGAACUUAUGUUGCGUUCGAUUUCAAAGCAUAUGUGCAAUUUCUGAAAUUUCUGAAAAAAGUUAUAAGGCUUUGCCUAAACAAACUACAUAACUCUUUUAAACGUCACAUGUAAUAGUGAUUUUGCUAAUAUACUAUGAUAAAAGUUAUGGAUGUAUUUUUUUUAUAAAUUAUUACUGAACAUUUGUUCAAAAACUUUUUUUUU